UCGGAAAGUUCAGUUGCAAUUGAACUGUCGAUCCCGUCGGGUGUUUGUGCUGAUCUGCGAGUGUGAAGUGUUUUUCUAGACGAGAACACAAUUUCAGAUAAAACUUUGAGCUGCAGAAAAGUGGACUUCCGCACAGUCUUGGAUAUAAUCUGUUGCCGAUUGCAUUCUCGCCGCUGUCGUCGCUGAAUCGCGGAGUUUGUGCUGGUUUAGUUCCAGAAGUUGGUCGUGAGUUUGUAGUCGUGUUCGAGACCGGGCAGCAUUCUUGAUCGUUUGUUGGGAUCCUGCCCAAGCGGAACAGAAGUUUGGCGAUUAGCGAUUUUUAGAGAGUCCCGCAAGCACCUUAGAAGCUACAAUGGCUGAUCAACUUACAGAAGAACAAAUUGCUGAAUUCAAAGAAGCAUUCUCCCUAUUCGAUAAGGAUGGAGAUGGCACAAUCACAACAAAAGAAUUGGGCACAGUAAUGAGGUCACUAGGUCAAAAUCCAACAGAAGCAGAACUGCAGGAUAUGAUAAAUGAAGUCGACGCAGACGGUAACGGCACUAUUGACUUUCCUGAAUUCUUAACGAUGAUGGCGCGAAAAAUGAAGGACACCGACAGCGAAGAAGAAAUUAGGGAAGCUUUCCGAGUGUUCGAUAAAGACGGUAAUGGAUUCAUUUCAGCGGCUGAAUUGCGUCACGUCAUGACAAAUCUCGGAGAAAAGUUAACAGAUGAAGAAGUAGAUGAAAUGAUCCGUGAAGCCGAUAUCGAUGGCGACGGUCAGGUCAAUUAUGAAGAAUUCGUGACUAUGAUGACAUCGAAGUGAGCUGCUAAACUUCUUUUUAAGCCUUUCUAUUUGUUUAAGAUGUUUGACGAAGACUGUAGCUGUGCGCAAUACCAUCGCGCGUUGCUGUGUUGCUAUGGAUAACAAAAAAUUUAAUAUAACAAAAUAAAUAUAAAACAGAAGAGGAAAUUUAUUGAAUUACAAUUUAAAUUAAAUGAGAAAGAAAACAUAAGAAGAGUAAUUUCGAUAUAAACAUUGAAAAAUAAAAACAGAGAUAAUUUAAAUUUAAUCGUAACACAAUUUUAAUUAAGGAUAAAUUUAAAAUACAAGAAAGAUAAAAAUACAAAAACAUAUAUUAUUAAAAAAUAAUUAUUAUAAAUAUAUAAAUUAAUCACACCACUGUCCUGCGUUCCAAUUUCCCCCCAGAUAGUCCUUUUGGCUCUCCUGCGAGGGUAUUUGAGAGAAAUUUGUUUCAGCUAUUUCUUCCACUUGUUCAACUCUGUGCGAAAAGUCUUCAAUUUGAAAUAAAAAGAACAUGUUCCAGCUCCGCCUCGUCCACUACCACCAUCCCACCCAUAUCGUCGAACGUUUCCCAAUUGAUCGGUGUCAAGUCCCAUCCUCCGACUCCCCAGCAGCUCCCGGUUUCCCUAUUCCCGAUUCGAUACAACCCAAUCGAAACCACACCACGGACACCCCAAACAUUCUAUCUUUCUCUUGAAACUAUAUUUGUGUAAAUUUUUGUAAAAUAUAUAAUAAAAAAAGGAAUAAAAGGAAUAAAACAAAACCAAAAUCGAUUAAUUUCACAGUAUGUAUGUGAUGGAAGGUGAAAAUAGAUCUAAAAUUAAUUAAACUAAAGUAGGAGAUAGAAUCAGCAAAGUUUUUUUGCGUUUCUAAUUGCAUUACUAUGUGUUUUGUCUUUGUGUCUUGAGUUGAUUUCCUUAGCUAAUCAUAUGUAACUUUGCAGACGAAGUACUUUCGAUCAGGCAAAAUGACACCACACUAUUUUUUAAGCGACUCGAUCGUUUGCUUUUCACAUACAAUUACAAUAUUUUUAAAUGUAACUUACAUUCUAAAGAUGAGAUAAUUUUAGCUAAACUUAAGUAACAGUCACUAAUUUUUCAAAUUAUUCAUGCUCUAGUUAGAAAGUGUGAUUAAGGUCACCACGUCCUAUGUAUCACGGGAUUUGUUUAAGAGUGUCAAAGGCAACGGUAGAGCGAUGCUGCGAAGCUGACGUGCAGGCGGCAAGCUUCAUUCAUAGUCACUAUUCCGUACGCUGCUGCUGUCGCGUGUUGUACUAUGAGCGGGUCCUUUCGGACGUCUGACUCGGCACGAGCUGAUUUCAGCAAAGCAUUUUUGUCUUAACUUUCGCAGUCCUUUUGAGCCUUGAUUACGUUGAAAAUUGCAUUACACACAAUUAACGAAAGUGCAGCAUUUACCUCUUUGUAAACAAAACAAAAACAGCAUAAAGAUCUAAGAAACUAUAACAAAAUGAACAUUAAAUGUACCUAGUUGAGAAAUUUGAAACCAAGUAAAUAUAAAGAAUAUAUUUGAAGACGAAGAAACAAGCAGAAUUAAAUCUAACGCAAAUAUGAAACCUACUAAUCGAAAAAUGUGUAUUUUCUUGAGUCUUACUUUAUCAGUCAGUGUAAUUACUAAUAUUGAAAAGAUUUUGACGUUCUGACAUCUUUUAAAGAGUUGAAUGAUGAGAAACGAGCUUUUUAAAGUAAAAACUGUUCACUAAUUGUUGAAGGAGGCCCGUUCGCCGCUGAACGGGCUUGUUGGAAGUCGUUUUAUUAGAACACCAAGUCAUUUUAGCAUAUGUACCUAACAAGCGAACGCGAACGGUUCAAGAAAAAAGAAAAAAAAAACUAUUAACCCCGAGGGAGAUUCGUUUUGAAAUCUUCAGCAGCUACUCGUGUUUCUUUGUGACUUGAUUAGCGUCUAACUAACUCAUAUAAUGCAAUUUGGAAGUAAAAAAUUGAUUUUGGCAUUCUGGCUUAUUCCGCGUAAACUGAAUAAAGUGGGCGCACGCGAGAAUGCGCUGUGUGUGCGGAAGUGGCAUUGGAAUCAGGAGAUUUUGAAACGCGCGGAUGUUAUUUUGUAUUUCGGUUGAAUCUACUGAUGAGAGUCGCGCAGGCCGUUUUCGAAACAAGACCUCCUAUUGUAUAUUGGAUGCGUGUGAACAAAAAAAAAAGACAAAACAGACCUUUCCUCCAUGUUGAGGUGGUAAAAGAAUCAAAAACAAUGAAAAUCCGAAGUAUUUGUGUUUCAAUUGAAUUUAAGUUAUUUUCGAGCUGUCAGGCUAGUAUUUAUUGAAGAAUUUGUAAGUUGGUACAGUUCUGGAGUCAGAGCGAGUUCUUAUUAGUUACUUAUAACUAGCAACAAAUCAUGAUAUAGUUUUAAACAAUUGUAAUAGUUAAGCUUUUCUUUUGUCUUUUGCUCACUUAAUUUUUGUCAUUGCAACUUUGAAUUGGUUCAGUUUGUAAAACGAAAAGAAAAAAGAGAAAAACUUUGAAAUAGUUUACUUAUACGCAACGUGACGAGCGGAAAUUGAGUCAAUCUCUUUCGGAUUACACUUGAAAUUUUGUUUUAAGACGUCUCUUGGAUGAGUGAAUGCUGUGCGCGCCAGUCUUUGAGUAAAUUAUUUAUUAUUUCAUUCUCCUUAAUUUCUUUAAUAUUCUACUACCUAUUACUUAAAUACGAUGAAAUAAAUACUUUAAUUAAUAAA